AUGGUGGCAAAUGUGUUUUCCAAUGGGCUUCUGCUCGUGCAGCUCUUUGCUGCCCUGGUCUUGGGAAAAGCGGCCUCCAGUCCUCUCUACAAGGAUGCCAAUGCUCCCGUGGAAAAGAGAGUGAAGGACUUACUGAGUCGAAUGACUAUUGAGGAUAAGAUGUCCCAGUUGAUUCAGGGUGAUCUUACGAAUUGGAUGAACCAAACCUCAGGAGAAUUCAACUACACCGGCCUGGUCACCAACAUGGAGACGAAGGCAGGCACAUUCUAUGUUGGAUACCCUGUUUCUUGGAAUUGGAUCUCCGACAACAUCAAGAGAGCCCAGGACUAUCUCAUCCAAAACACCACUCUGGGAAUUCCUGCAAUUGUUCAGACUGAGGGUGUCCACGGAUUCUUGGCGGGUAACGCCACUAUUUUCAAUUCGCCAAUUGCCUACGGAUGCUCUUGGAAUACAGAUCUUGUCGAAAAAAUGGCGGAAAUCAUUGCACAAGAAGCCAAAGCACUUGGCGUCAACCAGCUCUUUGCCCCGGUUGUUGAUCUUGCCCGUGAACUUCGAUUUGGUCGGGUCGAAGAAACCUUCACCGAGGACACUUUCCUCGCUGGAGAAUACGGUUAUAGCUACGUCAAGGGAGUGCAAGGCAAGAACGUGUCAGCUAUGGUCAAGCACUUUGCGGGCUUCAGUGCCCCCGAGCAGGGACUUAAUACUGGCCCAGUUCACGGUGGUGAACGGGAGUUGCGCACAACCUGGUUGCCUCCUUUCAAGCGAGCUAUCAUCGAUGCCGGUGCUUGGUCUAUCAUGGCUGCAUACCACUCAUGGGACGGAAUUCCAGCUGUUUCUGACUACCACACUCUGACCGAAAUCCUAAGAGAAGAAUGGAGGUAUGAAUACUUCGUCAUGAGCGAUGCUGGUGGCAGCGACAGAGUGUGCUCCUACUUUAGGCUUUGCGAGAGCGAUCCUAUUGACAUGGCAGCAGUUACCACACAACUGCUGAAUGCUGGAACCGACGUUGAGAUGGGUGGCGGUUCUUUCAACUUCCAGAAAAUUCCCGAGCUUGUCAAGUCCGGCAAGCUCGAUGUCAACGUUGUCGACUCUGCGGUCUCUAGGUUGCUCCGGGUCAAGUUCGAAAUGGGCCUCUUUGAGAACCCAUACCCUGCUGCGCCUCAGAACGAGUGGCAUAAGCUCAUCAACAGCCCCGAGGCUGUAAAAGUUGCAAGAGACCUGGAUAAGGAGUCUAUCAUCCUACUUGAGAACCACGACAACAUCCUACCUCUGCAGAAGUCGAGCAACAUUGCGGUCAUUGGGCCUAUGGCUGGUGGUCUCAUGAACUAUGGUGACUACGUGGCCUACAGGAGUCAAUACCGAGGUGUCACUCCCCUCGAUGGUAUCAAGGCCGCAGUUGAUGACAACGCUCAGGUCCACUAUGCCCAGGGAUGCGACCGAGCGAGCAGUGACCAGUCAGGCUUUGAGGAGGCAAUUGAGGCCGCAAAGAAGUCCGAUGUGGCUGUCGUGGUUGUUGGAACCUGGUCGCGUGAUCAGGGAGAACUCUGGACAGGGCUGAACGCAACAACUGGCGAACACGUCGACACCGACGAUCUGUCCCUUGUCGGCGCCCAAGGACCUCUAGUCAAGGCUAUAGCCGACACCGGCGUGCCAACAAUUGUCAUCUUCUCAAGCGGCAAGCCCAUCACAGACACCUGGAUCGCAAACUCCACCGCCGCCCUUGUGCAACAGUUCUACCCAUCCGAGCAGGGUGGCAACGCCCUCGCCGACGUCCUCUUCGGCGAUUAUAACCCCUCCGGCAAGCUAUCUGUCAGCUUCCCCCGCUACGUGGGCGAUCUCCCUGUCUUCUAUGACUACCUCAACUCCGGACGCUCCAUAAGUGACGUGGGCCAUAAGUAUGAAAACGGAACUCUCGUAUUCGGCCACUCAUACGUUCUCGGUGACGCCUCGCCGUGGUACCCCUUCGGCUAUGGCAAGAGUUAUUCCACCUUCAAGUAUGGAACUGUCAAGGUCGAUAAAAGCGAGAUCUCUGCGUCCGAGAAGACUGUCACUGUGAGCGUUGAUGUGACAAAUACCCAUACUACUCGUGAGGGUACGGAGGUUGUGCAGGUCUAUGUCAAGGAUGAGAUUGCGUCUGUUGUUGUUCCUAAUCGUCAGCUCAGGGGAUUCAAGAAGGUAGUCAUUCCUGCUGGAAAAACUAAGACUGUCAAGAUACCUAUCAAGAUUGAGAAUCUUGGUCUCUGGAAUACAAGGAUGAAGUAUGUUGUUGAGCCUGGUCAAUUCACUGUCCUUGUGGGUAGCAGCUCUGAAGAUAUUCGUGGUAACGCUACGUUUGUUGUUCGGUGA